AUGUUUUUCAUAAGAAACAGUAAUUAUUAUUUGUUAAGUGUUGUAAUUAAAAAAAAUUAUAUUUAUCCAUUUAUUCGAUGUUUGUCAUCGAAUACAACUAAUAAGCUACAUGAAGUUGGUCUCUUUACAGCUAUUAAACAUGAAGGCAAUUAUGAGACAGGUCAGGUAUGUCAUUCAAUGAUGGAUAAAUGUCAAAAUCCUAUUAGAGCAUGUUGA